AAGAAGAAGAAAAACCUCCGUUUCAUCCCUGCGUGGUGGCACAAGAUGACAUUGCCCGAGAUGUUCUCAAACAUCACGUAGCAUCCAUCCAUGCUGACAUUACUGGGCCGGAACCUUUUCAUCACAACACCACACCCUUUGCAUCCCCAUCACCAUACAUCACAGGCCUAACUUAGUAUGCAGUCCCUAAGUAGGUGGUUUACAUACUACACACAUAGCACAGGACACCCAAUCCUUAAUGUACCGGUCGAUCUGGGACCACGGCCAGCCCACCCACUCACGUCUUCACCAAACAGCCACGCUGCUUAGGUGCCGAUCCUCAUCCCCAUCCCUAUGCCCAUCUCCAUUCCCAUCUCUCCUCUGCCGGGCGCCCAUUUCCCAUCCCCGUCCCCCUUCCCUCGUGGCUGCGCCCGCCGGAUCACUCUCUGCAUGGCCUCGCAUCUUUUCCCACCCCCCCGAUCAUCUAAAAUCCUCCCCCGGAUCUUCGGCACAUGGCAACGAGCGCCGCCUGACUCACCCGGACACCCGAAACCCGCAAACCCGCAAACCCGGUCUGUUCCCUUUGCAAAGCCGUGCUCAACAAAUACAUAGCAUGCUCCCUGCUUCGAGAACCGCGACGUCUACCAAAUAUACCCACCAGUGGCCUGCUUUGAGAAGGUCGCAACGGAACUUUUUCCAGGCUUCCCCUCCCGGAGGCGGGUACGUCCACCCCCUCCGACUCCCCCGAGGCUCCCGACAGCCCGGGGAAUACACCCCCCGGACCACCCGACCAACAACCGGUCAAGAACAAGCAACACAUCAUUACGUAUUGUCAUCCACAAAAGUCCUUCGCUCAACCACAAAAGGUCAUUCAUGACAACUCUUGCACGGCGAACCACCCGACCGACUCCUUGGGCCCACGAGCUCGGACACGCCGCUCUCGGUUGUUGCUGCUAUGAACUGAUUCAUCUUCGUGUCAACUGUCAUAGCUCCAUCAUCGAUCCAUCAUCACCACGAGCCUGUUUGAUUUUGCUCGUAUCAAUCUUGCAUCGUUUUCAACCAGCUUUGCAUUGAGCAACCUUGCACCGGCUUGGCUUGUCAUGAUCA